AUGGGUCGUGUCGCGACGAACGUAAAAAAUGAGUUUGUCGCUCUCACAAACGAUUAUAUCGACAAGAAGAUCAACAAGCACGCCAAAAAAGUCGCUUCCAAAGCGUACUCGAUGGCCAACAACUACCAGAGUGGCAAGCGACGUCGUGGAUCGCCUCAAUACUUUCGUCGCCGCUCGCCCAAUGGGUAUUACUAUGAUCAGCAGCGUCUUUCACCUUCUUCUCCAGAGGUCAAGAAGCAAAAACUGGCCAAAAAGUGCAAAAACACGGCGAUUCUUUUUGCUGAAAAGACAAAAGAAAUCAUUCGCGAAAUUGCUUCUGCGCCGCCGAAAAUGGCAACAGCGUUUUCUUUUGGCCCGUAUGAGGCCAGAUUCGCGCUCUGCCCAAAAAACACCAGUGAGGCGGAUGCGAUUCCAUCCCUGCGUGAAAUCACUCAUGCAAUUGAGACUCAGGAUGGUGAUCGGCCGAUGAUCAUUCCAAACAAGGGGAUUUUUUUCCCGUUUCAUCUUUUCACUACGCGAAAAAUGAACAUGGAGCCCCUCUUGCCAGCAAUUGGAGAAUCAUCCGAGUAUCAUGCGGCGGCAAAUACUCGUCGAUCAAUUACCUACCCUCCAGCUAACAACAACUCCGUCGAGGAUGAUCAAGAGGUGGCUCACGAGGAGGUGAUGAUGGUGGAGACGUUGCCGCUGCCGAAAAUCAGACACCUCUCGUCUUCGGACAAUGACUCGGAAAUCGAGUUCAACAAUCCAUUGCUCCGCCGCCGCUCGAUCGCCGCUCCACCCGCUCGACCACCUCCACCUGCUGCUGCUGCUGCUGCUGCUGGCAAGACACCAAUUCAGCGAGAGCAGCGCCGCCGAUCUGCAAUGAAAAGCCGCUCUGCAAGAAAGUAA